UGACAGCUCAAAAAGCCAGCGACAGAAAUCUAAGGCGGAAUUAUUGCAUUUUGUAAAACACUUUCAUGUGCAAUUACUAUUCAAAUUCGAAUAUACAUACCAAUUAUGAUGUCUACCACAGAAGGAGAAUUGGAUGUCGAGGUGUCCCAUGAACUUGAAGAUGGCGAGUUAGAAGAUUCUGACGUGGAAGAGGGUACAUACAUCCCCUUGGCACGACCUGAAGCCUUCAACCCGCCUUCUCUAGUGAAUAUGCAGAUUCAGGAUGAACAAAGUGAUGAGGAGUCUGUUCAGGAGUCAACAGGUUCGGAUUCUGACGAAGAACCCCGUCGACGGCCAAAACGGACUAAACUAAGACCUCGACGCCCGCAACCACAAACUCCCACUGGCAAAAAGGACAAAUAUAAUAUUUGGUGUAAAGCAUUACAGGAAGAUCUUCUUACAGAGGAUAUGGUCACCUGUGGUGUAACAAAGAAAAGUAGAUAUGGUGUUGAAUCUUAUGAUUACACAAUUAAGUACAGAUUAAAUGAUGACUAUAUUUCUAAUAAAAAGGUAUUUACAAACAGCAAUGAAUACAGGAAUAAAGAUCAGUCCACAAAUAAAAGAAGUAUUUCAGAUAGAUCUAAUGUAAAACUAAGGUUAGGUAAAAGAGUAAACAGUGAGCUGCCAUUAGAAGAGAAACAAAAACCAAGAAUUUUACCAGAUUUACUUGUCACAGCCGAUCACCCUACAGAACAAAUAGCCAAUGAAAUUGCUGAGAAGUUGUUAGAAGAAAAGAAAGACUUAGUGGGUAGGAUUGUGCAGGUGAUUGGUGUCAGUAAAGCUAUAGAAAUAUACAAAGAAACACAGAGAAUAGAGGCAGAUGGUGGAAUGCUUGUAAUGAAUGGUACAAGAAGGCGAACCCCUGGUGGUAUUUAUUUCUUUUUAUUAAAACGUGAUGAUGAUAUCUCCCAAAGUAUGAUAAAUCAAAUAUUUAAUGAAGAACGGAAAGAAACAGCUCGAAAGAUUAAAAAAACACGUGCCAAGAGUCGUCAAAAAGUUAUGGAACAGUUAAAACAAAGUCUUACAGAUUCAGAAUUACCCUCAUUACUUUCACGGGGUGAAGCAACAGUACAAUCUGAACACGGUUCCAAUCCACCACCAUCGCCGGCGACAGACGCACGUGAGGGCUCUAGCGACACUGACGCACAUUCGCACACGGAACAACCACCAUCCCCAUCACGACCACGGUCACCCCUACCUGAUCGGACAUUGACACGUAACAUACAGGAAUAUGAAGAUGAUGAUUUCUUAGAAGUUAUGUGCAAUGAUGAUAUGGACUUAUUCUAGAGUAAGGGGUAGUUUUCCUGGUGCUGUGUUUCUGCCUCUACUAAUUAGAGUUAAAUGUAGUAUGUAAUUUGUUUAUUACCUUAAAUAUAGUCAGAAUGUUUGACUUUACAAGUGUGUGAUGAUGUUGCAUACUUAAUAUCAAAGUGUGUUCCCACAGGCUGCAUUCCCUUUUGCAUCUCUUGAUGUGGCUGUGAAUUUUUACACACUGUUUACAAGACUCUAGAAAAUAGAUGCCUUGGAAAUUUUUACUGCUAGUAGUGGUUAAUUAGUUAACUCUACAAUUGGAUCAGUAUUGUAAAUAUUACUUAUUUUUAUUCACAGUGUUAUCUAGGCAUUGGUUCUAUUUUAUGUUUAACAUUUAAAAAAUAAUGUCCCUGUCUUUAUAGUAACACGGACUGAGGAUGGGUUAGAACUACUUGUACUAAAGUAUACAACAAUGGACCAUCUCGAAAAACUUAAAUGAACUGUAAAUAUAUAUAAAAUUACCUAACUUUUUAUUUUAUAAUUUUUCACAAAUUUUGGUUUUUAUAGUCUUUAUACUAGUUAUACUGAACUGUAAUACAAUAUAUUUGUUUAGCAGGUACUGUUAUAAUUGGUUUACAGUUUUAAAAAUCAAUCAGAGAAUAAAUCUUUAAAAUGUCAUUUAUAAAUUACACACUAGAAACGCAAUUAUAAACUUCAUCCUUUAGAUCUGAAUAUGCUGGCAUACUGAAUACACAAAAUAUUAAAUGGCAUAAACCUGUCAUUGUAUGAAGAUACUAUCAUUACAUUAAGUACCCUUGAAAUGCAGUACUAAAUAUAUUAAAACGCAAAAUGUACUAUUUUUAUAAAGCAUUCUUAGAAGUCUUAUACAUUAUAAAUAUUGGCAGUUAUAUUGUACAUCCGCCUAUAAAUAUUUUUUUAUAAAUACAACUGUAUCUCAGUGGUUCCAAAUCUCGUGCUGUAAAAUACAGCUUGUAGAUGUAGACAAUAAUAGUUACUAAUUAGUAGGUUUCAUAUAGAGCGACGUAGCAAUUAAUUGUUACAGAAAAAUUAUGAUCAAAACAUCUCUUUAAUAAAUAAUAGUCAAAAUAUAUUAUAUAAAAAGUGUUACUGGUAUCUAAAAUGUUUAAGUUAACAUAUUUUUGAUAAUUCGUUAAUAAUAUGAUCUUAAUUAUAUGCCAUUUAAGUGUGUUUUUUUUUUAAAUAUAAUAUUAUUCUUUGAGGAACCUGUAUGACUAAUCAGAUAGAUUCAUUAGUAUAUAUAAUACAACAAUGUAUUUAUGUAAAUGUGAUUUGGAUGUAUCUAGACUUAUGAUGUAUAUUGACUCAAUUGUUUUGUUUAUUUUUACAAAAACUGCACUUCCCAUUACCACAUAGUUAAAUUAUAUUGCCCCAAAAAUAAUUUUGUUUAUAAAAAAAUGUUAUAAUGUGCAUAUUAAUUUACAAUUACAGGGAUUUGUUCUAUUUUCUCAACUUAAGACACCGUCAUAAUAUUACUGUGAAAUUUCUCGUUGGUCUAGUGACUGACUUAAUAUGGUGCAGAUCACAAGGAUCCAGGUUCAAAUGCUGUCAGUCUGAAUAUAAAAACGCUUGGCACUGACUAUGAUACCGAGGGUUUAGUUGUUGUGCACAGUUGGAGUCUCCUUGAGAAUAACCGCCUUAGCCGACAAUAUUCUAAACACUUCAUCACUGUUGAGUGCUUUUUUUUGUCAUAAUAUGGCAAUUUAAUUUAUAACUAUAUCUGAUUGUCAUAAGAUUGUAACUAUUUUUAAGGCAAUCUAUGAACUUUUUAAGUUUUCAAAGACUUCAUUAAAUUAUCACAACUUAUUAGUAAUUCGAAGAGUUUAAGAAAUGGAUAUGCUGUGGAUAUCCUGAUGGACUGAAUCACUGUUAAAAACUAUAUUUAUUGUAAUUUUAUAAUUAAGAUGUCUCAUAUGUGCAAACUUAAUUGCUUAUUAUUAAUAACUACAAUAUUUAUUACUUAAUCAGUAGUCUGGGAUUGAUGUGAAACUUUUUUAUGAUAAGACAAUAUCCUUAUUUGUUGUGUGAAUAAGAACUUGUACAGAUCUCUGAAUGUUACAGAGCAGACACUGAAACAUUUGUAUAAUAAAAUUUGUAAAAAAUCA